AUGUUUUCUAUGAAACCAUUACAUUCUGAUUCAGAUGAUGAAGAUGAAUCAUGUCAUGAAACCCCAUCAUCCUCAUUCUCAAGACAAUCACCUACUUUAUUACAACAAUUACAUACUGAAACAUUAAAUAAAAGAUCAGAACAAAGUGAAGAAAAUUAUAAACCUUCUAAAAGUCAAUAUCCUUGGGGUCAUUUUGAUCAAAUCUUAUUACAGUUUUAUAAUGGUGAUUAUCAGAAAUAUCGACAACUUCAGUUGUUUGAUGAGAGAUUUGAACGGGAAGAUGAUAAUGUUGAAAUUAUUGAAGCUGAAGAAGAAAUAACGAUUCCAAAUGAAACUAAAAAAUCAUUAAAGGAUAAAAUAAGACGUUUGUUUAGUCCUACUAAAUUUGUUAAAGCUCAAGAUAUUGUUGACCCUGAAAUUGAAGCUCUUCAUUAUAACUCUCUGGAUCCAAUUCAACCCAUUGGCGAUAUCAACUUUGACACUCAAUCAAUUCAACAAGAACAAUUUAAAACUACAUCUUUAACCCAACAAGAAUCAAUUCGUGUCAUUGAAAAGAAAAGAUCCAUUAGCUUAUCUCCAGCUCAAGUACUUCAGAACAAGAAAUCAAGAAGACAAAGGGUUUUAAAUGCGGUUCAACAACAGAUUCAUGAGGAUUUUGAAAAACAGAAGGUGAUUAAAAGAUCUGAUAUCAAUACAUGGUUAUAUGAUAAGUUAUUUCAUCCCCAAGUUAAACCAGACGCCAAAUCAUUUGAUAUGAUUAAACUUAGAGCCAUUAGAAAAGCCCCCUGGACCAGGGCUGCGGUGGUUACUACUGAUCUUUAA